AUGCCUUCGUUCAAGACCGUUUUUCUGUCGGUAGCCACCGCCCUCGUCGGUACCGUCAGGGCGGACUACUUCAUCGAUCCCAGCAGCGUUCCACGAACCACAAGGGAGAGCUGGUGCAGGGAUGAAAGAAGCGCAUGCCCCUUGAUUUGCAUGGACCAAUCAGGCACAGGUGCCCAGGUGAAUACCUGUGACCCGGAAACUCUCACAUACGGGUGUCUCUGCGGCGACAACACGCAACCCAAUGUGUCCGAGUACUCCCUGACUCUUCCCUACUUUGUCUGCACGGAGUGGGGAAAUCAGUGCGAGAAGGGCUGCGGGUCGGACAGCACCUGCGCAAGCGCUUGCAGGCAGGACCACCCCUGCGGAGCCUCACAUCCCAGAACUGCCAACACUACCUCGACCGCGACGUCAACAGCCUCAGCAACCUCCAGCUCCAGCGCCGCCGAUGAGACCACCGUCUUCAACGGCCCGGCCGGGUCGAGUGGUUCGUCAUCAUCGUCUUCCAGCGGCGCCGCAGUGGCACGCUCGCUGGAGACGGCUAGUAUGUACGCCGUGAGUGGUACGCUGGGUGUCUUGUUCGUGGGAUUCGCGUACCUGUUGUAA